AUGUCUCGCGCCGAGUUUGACCGCGAACACAAGCUCGUCACGUCGUACCUCUUCCCUCCUUUCGCGCUCGCGGGCGCCCGAUUGUCCAUCGCGUUCUACAUCUUGGUCACUUUGGUGUUCCAGCUAGCAUGGGAGUCUACGAAGGAUGAUAGCAUUGAUUCAUUCUUCUCUUACUUCACCAACCUCACCUUCAUUGGGUUGUGCGCGUACUUCUUCGCGUCGGGCGUUCAGACGUUCUUCUAUGCACGGAGUCCCAUCAGUGACUAUCCUCUCCAAUCCUGGCCACGGAUACUUCGAUACCUGCAUGUUCUGCUGUUGUCCACCAUCGCCACAUUUCCCUUGCUAGUGACGAUUGUCUACUGGGCCCUGCUAGCCUCGUCCUCGACAUUCGCAACGCCCUACAUAGCCUGGUCUAACAUCUCGAAACACGCCUUGAACACUGUCUUCGCCCUGUUCGAAGUUACUCUAACAAGUAUCGGGCCCAUGCCAUGGAUCGACCUGCCCGCCACGCUCGUCAUGCUAGGAGGUUACUUGGGAGUCGCCUACAUCACUCACGCGACACAAGGGAUAUACACGUAUUCUUUCCUCGACCCCAAGAAACAAGGAGCCAAACUUGCGGCGUACAUCGUCGGCAUCGCUGUUGGUCAGAUCGUCAUCUUUGUCGUGGUUCUGGGGAUCAUCCAUCUUCGCGAACGUUUCACUGUUCACAAAUCAAUCAAGAAUCUUGCAAAAUACUGA